ACAGAAAGAGAGAGGGGGAGAGGGAGAGAAACAGAAAGAGAGACAGAGAGAGAGACAGAGAAAGAGAGAGAGAGAGAGAGAGAGAGAGGGGGAGAGGGAGAGAAACAGAGAGAGAGAGAGAGAGAGAGAGAGAGAGAGAGCGAGGAGUCGUCGUCAUGCUUGUGAUUUGGAUCUGGCUCAGUUCAGGGACAGGUGCUUGCCGUAUCAGAUGGAUUAUCAGCGCUGACAUUUUGUCGGAUCGUCUUUCUUUCUGCAGUAUUUUAAAAACAGAAUCAAAUCAGUUCGAGGUUAAAGCAUGUGCUAAUGAGUGAAUAGCUGAUUUAUGUGUAAAGAAUAAACGCUGUCUCGAGAUGUUAUUGGAAAAUAAUCAACGAAACGCUGGUGUGAUGAAGCGGCAUUACUGUUUCCUCCCUGACGGUGAAUAUUUUCCAAUAACUUUAAACAGUAAAUGUCAGAAAACUUUACAGCUUUCCUCUGACUGUAACACAGCACUGACACUGGAGACUCCUUCCACAAAAGUUAAGUAAACAUCUCCUUACAGAAAACUUCAUCUGACAACGUUGAUAUUAUGAUAAAUUACACCACAGACGCUUUUCUGAGGAAUCGGAGAUAGUGUUUAGUUAUAAUAUCUUAACUAUCUCAAUUAAUGUUCAAAUUAAGAUAGUUAUUCCCCCAUCACUGAACUGGAGCAUGACUCUGGGUUAGCAAUUAGCAUACGGUUGCAUCCUGCUUCAUCAUGCUAAGAUUUAUCUUAAACGAGAAUCCUCGAGCAGCAGUUGAGGAAACAGGAUGGACAUUUACAUAGCAUCUGUUUCAUCUGUGAGUAAAGUCCAUAAUCAACCGGGCUUUGUCUCCAUCAGCACGCCCACUGAUCCACGCUGCUGACCUCCUUCCGAGUGUUUAUCUGCCCCGUGACACCAUUUCUGAACUCAACAGCUGAGAACGAGCGCGCUGUGAUGAUGACACGCACUAAUUAUAGCAGUGGAGCUUGUCAGGGUGCGGCACGGCUGCAGCUCCUACGUUCUAAUAAAGACUAGAAGAUUCUGCAGAAACAGCUAGAUGCUCCGUCGCAUCGGUGCUCCUUUAUUCGGAAAAUACUAUGAAAUACUGGUCUCAGAAAUGCACCCAAGUUGCUUUAAUUAUCACUGGAUAUUUAAUUAUACGCCCUGAUAUCAGAUCUUCUAUUUCUUACUAUGAGAUUAUUAUAACUAUAAUAUAAGAUUAUUCGGCUUAUUAUUUAUUCUUAUUCUGUUGGCAAAUCAUGUUGACUUGCAAGGAUGUGAUUUUUGGGAGUGUUUUAGGUGCUACGCUUUGGGCUGUUUUUGUCAAUUUAAAGGGAUACUCCAGUGUUUUUCAACCUAAUCUCUAUCCACUGUAGUGCAUUUGUAGUGUGUGUGUGUGUGUGUGUGUGUGUGUGUUUACCACAGAUGAGAAUUCCGACUUAUUUAUCUGCACUGUGAAAAAAACAGAAACCCUGUUUACGCUAAACUCAUCACUUAUAAUAGAAGUUUAAGGGCAGCUGUUGAAAUCUUUUAAUAAAUAUUUAUUGUUUUACAAAACUCUUAUUUUCACAGUUUUUUUUUAAUGAAGAUUUCAGUCUGAUGUGUUUGCAAAUGAAGCUCGUUUACAUAAAAUUCCACGCUUACAAACGUCCGGAUAAGUGACAAACAUGACUGAACAGCGACAGCAGUGACCUUUAAUGCUACAGCAACAAUUACCUUUAAUGCUUACUCAUUAAUGAUUCAUUUAUUUAUUACUAUAUAUAAGAAAAUUUAUGAUUGGUUAUGUUUUCUAUCAUAGUGGUGCUUCAUGUUACUACUUUUGACUAGUGGCACAGACUCUGAACAGUUCUGAAUUUGAACCGGAGAUUAAACACAUGCUUCUCUGUCUCAUUAUCUUUCAACCUUUUCUUUUCAUUGUCAGCUUUUAUUUUUUGUUGUUAGCUCACUAAUCACACCGGACAGCGUAAAUAAAAUGAAAAAAUCUAUGAAAGUUCUAGGAAAAUUCUGCCUUUUCUGAUCUAAUGUCUGUAGCCCUGUAGGUGGUCUCUGGUCUGAUGAGCUGCCUUCAGCUAAAUCAUCUUCGAUCUGCUGAAACACUUUACUACACUGCAAAAAAUGAUAUCUUAGCAAGUGAAAAUAUCUUGAAGAUAGUCAAAAUUAUCUUUUAUUUAAUUUAUCUAAACCAGAUAUAACAUUAAUAAAUUUAUACCUUUCUUCACCUAAAAUAGUCUUGGCAGAUCAUUUUUCUAGUUUUAAGCAUUUAUUUCUAGAAACAAGCAAAUGAUCUGUCAGUAGAAAACCAGGUCUAAAUCCAGGCUGAUUCUUAUAUUUGAUUUAUAAUAAUCUCAUAAGAAAUAGUAGAUAAAUUUGCCCAGAUUAAAGAUGGAUCCUUUCUAAGAUGGAAUUACUUUUCCAGAAGAAAGUAUUUGUUUUUCUGUACAAAAAGACUAGUAGUUGUGUGGCAAAAACAAAACUUUCAGGACAAUGUAAAAAUUUUUACACAUAUUUUAAGUUUAUUGACAGAAUUCAAUAUCUGCCCUUAGACUUCUGUUAUUAACCGUGUUGAAAUUCUUGUCUGUGGUAAUCACACACACACACACACACACACACACACACACACACACACUACAGAUACAGUAGAUAGAGAUUAGGUUGAAAAACACUGGACUAUACCAUUAACACACUCUUUUUCGUUGCUUUUGUUUUAAAUACAGAAUGGAAGCUAAUGUAUAUUAGGCGAAAAGUCACCCUGAUUUCCAGAGCCUAUGUUGCAGAGCUGUAAACUUCAGUACUGACACUGAUACAGACCAGGAACAGAGGAUGGUAUCACUUUAAUGUCUUCCUAAGGUCACAGUACACUGCUAUGUUGAAAUAAAUUAGAUAUGACUGAUGUGGAGGCAACGUAUGAAGACUUCAUCGCCUCUGGAAGGACGGGCAGAAGGAACGCAGUGCAUGACAUCCUGGGGGAAACAGGAGGACUGGACGCUAGCGGACUCUCACAGACACUUUCAGAGCUCAACAUCAACAAAACAGAUGAAGGGAAUGAUGGAGAGAAAAGCUCGAGCUCUUCAGACUCCAAUCCGAAACCAGAGGAGAGCAAAGCGGAGGGAACGUAAUGGCCUCCGGUGCGAUUAGGAGGAGGAAGAGAAACGUCUCAUCAGCUCCAUCCUGUGGUGAUUUGAGGACUGGACAUGGCCGAGCAGACACAGCGACGCCCUCUCCUGCUCUGCCCUAGACUCAGCCGAGGCCCUGCCUUCAAAGCGUUCAGAGGAAAAGGCUGGACUUGUAGCUUCAGCACCGGAUGAAGCGUUAAUCACUUCAGUACCAUAGCUGAUGUAGGCACUCCCCUAGCUAAUCACUGUUAGCUGUUAGCUGUUGAAAUGGAGCUAAACCUAUCAGACCCUCCAUCCCAGAGCUGCUAAAGACGUAGCUGGAGAUUUGUAGGAUCUUCUCAGCAUUGACUUUCCGUCACGGAGUCAUGGAGGGAUACGUUUUUUUUGAUCCGCAGGUCCACUGCCAAGUUAGCCCUGCUAAUACAUUUCGGUGUUCUUAAUAUGUAUGAGUAGUAGUGUUGUUGUAAUAGCCUAUGUUUUUAAAUAUUUAAAUACUCAUUCGGUAUUUUAAUUAGGGUUUGUUUUUCACUUAACGUUUCAGCUGAUGUUAUUAUUGAAUACACGCAAGAAACGAAGUUUCACACGCUGCUCUGUGACUGGUGGACGAGUUAAAUGUCACUGAAAGUGGUCUAAAAAGUGAUGCAUGACACCUAAAUAUAUUCAAUAUAUUCAGAGAAUAUACAUGUACAAAAUAUGCAGCUGUGUAAAAGUGAGCUAAACGUUUAUGGUAUUUUCCUUUUCUUUUUUUGGAGCUUGUGAUUUUAGUUUUAUUUUUAAUUUUUCAAAAAAAAACUGAAAAUAAAAAUGAAAAAACACUUUUUCGAUCAACACUGCCCUGUAAUUUUUUUUUUUUGAGCUCAACUUUUUUUUUUUUUUAAAUAUGUACGUCUUCCACAUUUGUUCAAUUUAUUGCUUGGUGUGACAAAUUUGGUAAUAAACAUUAAUGGAUGAUCUUUUUGUCAUCA